CGCCUUCCAACAACUUCCCCGGGCCAAUCAUCACUGACAUCAUCGGAGCCCACCAAACUGAGACUCACCCACGCCCGCACGCACUUGCACACGUAGCGUCAAAAAUCAACAAGCAAGCACGGGGCAUACAUGCAAGAUCGCUUGAUCACAAACAUAUCCAGAGAACACAGAAAACAAAGUCUGAUUCUGAAUCUUUACCAAAAACAUCAAUGGGACAACGGACUGGAUUUUCCGAGAAAAGUGCAGAGUUCUUGCACAGCACAAAACAAAAACGAUGCUGCAAAGGCUGAGUUCUCGGUGUUGCCAAAGGGAAAGGAUGUGCGGCGUGAUUUGGCUCCUCCUUGCUUGGGAAUUGUUGUCUCCUGGAACACGUCUCCACUUGUCGCUGGACUGGGAGGACCACCCACCAUGGUGGUUGGCUGGCGCUGUGAGUCUGCAGAGCUCAGUGGUGCUAAGAUAUGGGAGUACUCGGACGCCUUCCAGAGAUGGCAUGCUGUCGCAGAUAUUUUUGUACAGGGAGAGGAACCGCUUGCCGCCAACGACAUAGCUUGGGCACCCAACCUUGGCAGGCUGUUUGAUCUCAUUGGCGUCGGGUCAGUUGACGGGAUCUCCAUUUGGCGUGUCGACUAUCCGUCGUACUCUGAUCCGUCCUACGCAGAUGGGUGCCCCAUCGUAAAAAGGGUUGCUCACUUCAGAAAUCAUCAAGCAGAGGUCUGGAAAGUGGAAUGGGACAUGACUGGGACCACCUUAGCAUCCUCGGGCGACGAUGGGACUGUCCGCUGCUGGAAGGCUGAUGUGGCAGGCACCUGGUAUCAGCGGGCCAUUGUGGGUGGGGCAAAGGAUUUGGAGGAGCUGCAAGGCGAUGGAAUGAGCGGAUAAAUUGCCAGAAGUCGCACAUAAUGUUUAGCGUGAGGGUUUUAGCAGAGGGCGGUCAAUCAUUGGGACACCAUCUCGGAACGAGAACAGAGGGUUGCAUCUGACGGAGGCUUGUUUAGCAGAAAGGGCUAUAUUGUACGAGUCUUGCUGCUUGCCUGCUAUUCUCUCUCUCUCCUACAUCUCAAUUCUCUCUCAGCUGUCUGGAUCACUGAUUUUCAAAGCGAACAGAAUCUCAUUACAGCUAACACAGUUUAAUUGCAGAUAAAUUAAUCUAACUGCA